CACCGAUAGUGACAAUCACUGUCACCGUUUUUUUUUUUCUCAGUACUGACCUUCAAGUGGUCAGCAUAAAGGUCUUGGGCAGCAAGGAGGAGGCAGGCUAGCUCGGUAAGGAAAGUGUGGCAGCGGGAUGUUUAGCCCGGAGGUACAGUGACAGGAACUGGCGAUGUGGCGGUAUGGCAGUGUCUGAGAGCUCUACCAAUGGCUCAUUGUUUCCAUAUGCUGCUUGUCAUACUCAUGCCAGAAGGCAGUCACUGUGGAGAUGCAGACACAGGAAAAGUUGAUUCGACGUCAGGUGAAGGAAGGAAGAGUGAUGGCGCGGAGACAGGGCCGAGGAAACGUCGAGACGAGCCAGCCCUCGGCGUUGGGGAGGUCGUGAUGGAGGGUAACGACGGCGGCGGCGGCGGCGAUGGUCAAGAUAUAGGUGAGGCGGCGGAAGAGGAGGACGAUGAGGCGGGUUGGCCAGGGGAGGAGAGCGAGGAUGUGACACGUGCGCUGUUCCCGGAGAUGGAGCAGGAUCGCAUGGAGCUGCUGGAACUGGAGAUGCGGGCACGCGCCAUCAAGGCCAUGUUGGCUCUGCACGAGCGGCGCGAGAACAGGCCGUGAGAGACAGACACAGAGGCAGAAAGAUGUAGACAGUGAGACUGUCACAUGCAGAGGUAGAGACAACAACGAGACAAACGCAAACAGAAACUGGUUCUUUGUUAAACGGACGCCGACAAAAACCUAGUGAGAUGGACACAGAGAGAUGUAAUAAGACAGACACAGAGGCAGAAAGUCUAAGACAGUGAGCCCAAGGCUGGGACAGAGAGGUUGAAAGACAUACUAAGAACGCAAAAAAAAAAAAAAAAAAAGAGAGAGAAAGAGAGGACAGGGGAGGGUGAGCGGAGGAGAAAAAUGACAAGCAGACAGGCGGUGCAGACUGAGAGGCAGACGAUCGUAAAGAACAAUGGACGUCCACAACCUCACGAGACCUCUGUGUUUCGCUGGUAUCUGAACAACAGUCGUAACUGUCUUAAGGACACUUAAAUGUUUUCGUUCUUGUUUUCUUUUGGAAGUCUGGGUACGGCAUGUGGUGACUGGCGUUGCGCUGUGCUUCAAACCUUCUCAACAAGGGGCCACGGUUGUGCACGUGUGUAUGUGUGUGCGCAAGUGUGUGUGUGAAUCAUUGUUUACCCUGCACCUAUUUUAGUGAGUAUUUAAUUAUGAGCAGUGAGUUCACAAAAUAAAGAUUCAAGCGAAAGAC